AUGAAGCAGGACGAGCGACAAGUAGGUGGGAGCCUGCGCAGCAUCACCGCUAUCAAGGAAAUCAUCAAAUCGCCCUUUACCCUGAUUUACCGAAAACUGGGCGAAGGGGGUGAGGCCGAAGGAGAACCAGAGGACAAGGAGAAGGCUGGCGUGGUGAGGUUGAGCAAGGAAGGACUGGAGGUGAAACUAAAAGAAGGGGAGGAGAGCAGCGAUGAAGAGAUCGAAGAUUUGCAGCACGUGGCUGCCGCGACCAGCGCGGCAGGUGGUAGCAGUCUCUACGUGUCACAGCCCCAUCAGUGGGAGAAGGUCGAUUUUGCCACGUUCUCUUGGUGCAAGUAUUGCGGUAAGUACCUGUUCCCGCUCUCCCCUGGCUUUGCGUGCCAGCGAGGGUGCAACUAUACGGUGCACAAAGGCAAGUGCAUGGAGGCCGCUUCCAGAUCACGCUCCGGACGACCAGACUCGCACCUGGACACCUUUCAGAACCAGGUGGGCGGACACAAGGGCAAAGCAGCGUUCCUCAAGGACUUGGACGGCGGGAAGAUCCUGAAGCCUCUGUGCCCGGUCGAGUUUCAGUUCUAUUCGGUGCUCGCGAAGCUCGCUUCCUCUGACCAUGAAGGGUCUGGAGUGACGUGCGAAGGCAUUGAUGAGAUGAAGACCCGGAUGGGCAACGCUGCAGUUUGGGAGCACUUCUUCCCGCGCUUUCAUGGUGCAGCGCAGACGUCCGAGGGGGACGAUUCUGUGACGGAGCACUACAUUGUGAUGGAGGAUCUUACCGCCGGCUACAAAUACCCCUGUAUAUGCGACCUGAAGAUCGGUGCCCGUGGAUAUGAUGACAAGGCCUCCACGAAAAAGAUCCUCCAGCAAAAGCUGCUUUGCUCCGUUACAACUUCGUCGACGCUGGGCUUUCGAAUGUGCGGCAUGCAGUACUGGCAAAACGAGCAACGGAGCUACGUUGUGCGAGACAAGCUGUGGGGUUGCAAACUGAAGGAAAACACCAUGCAGGGCGCGUUGGUGCAAUUUCUGGAUAACGGGGACGGUGUUCGAUUCCCUCUGAUCCUCAACUGGCUCGCCAAGAUGAAGCGAAUCGAAAAAUGGUUCGAGGUAAGUACCACUGCGCUGUUCCGAACAAGUGCACUCACCGCUCACUAA